AUGCAUUUGACGGCGACAAAAGUACACUUAUUUUUUAACAUUUAUAUGAUGAAAACAACAAUAUUAUUCUGGUGUGAAUUUGCUGCAAUGAGUCCUAUAUACCAUGAGGAUUAUUUAUGUAAUUGGGUAAAAAACAGUUCAAGUCCUAGUCUUAUCGGAAGAAUGUUUGGUGUUUUAGUUUAUGGAAUCUAA